AUGGGUCAGUCUGUACAUGGACACCAGUGCGAUGCGAGUGGAAUUGUCAUCAGUGAAAACUCUCCAUUGCAAAUUCGAGAAUACUCGCAUGUCACGUUUGAGACCUUAGCGAGGAUGAUGGCGGAAAUCGCCCACGACCAUGUAGAGCGCUUGAUUCCCGAUCACGUCGACUCGCUCCCGCUAACAUUCCCCUACAACAUGCGUACAAUGAUGAAUUUUAUCAAAGAACUUCCGGGAAAUUCCACUAAGAAUGGCUCCCUAGCUGCUGUGGAUGGUUUUGCGACGCUCUAUGAGGUCGCAUGCAACAGAUGGCCAUCUACUGUGUAA